GCGGAGCGGAGCCACGGGAGGAGGGGUCGCCGGGCGGGCUCGGGCGGGCGGCGCGGCAUGGACGCCGAGUUCCCUGCCUUGGAGCCCCCGCUCUGCAGCGAGCUCAAGCACCUGUGCAAGCGGCUGCAGGAGGCGUACCACGAGCUGACGGAGGACCUCACGCCGCUCCGCGAUGACCGCUGCUACUACAGGCUGGCCCCCAUGCGGCUGUACACGCUCUCCAAGCGCCACUUCGUCCUUGUGUUCGUCGUCUUCUUCGUCUGCUUCGGCCUGACUGUCUUCGUGGGGAUCAAAGGGCCCAAAGUGAUCCAGACUUCCGAAGCUUACGUGUCACUAAAUAACAGCAAACAGCUAAAGGCAUUCGAAGUGCAUUCAAACCCGCUGUCCGCCUACAACCAGCAGCUGUGGCUGACGUGCGUCGUGGAGUUGAAUCAGACUCGAGAAACGUCGGUUCAGAUGAACUUCUCCAUGACCGUUAAAGUGGACGGGGUGGCCGAGGACGGAACCACCAAGUUCAUUCGUAACAAAGCUCACAAUCGGACUCGGACCCUCACGUGUGCCGGGAAGUGCGUGGAGAUGAUCGUGGCUCACCUCGGCUACCUGAAUUACACGAAGUACACGGUGACCGUGGGAUUCGGGCACCUCAAGGUACCCAUCAAGAACGUGAACUUCACGUGGAAGACCUACAACCCCGCCUUUUCCCGGUUGGAAAUCUGGUUCCGGUUCGUCUUCGUGGUGCUCACCUUCAUCGUCACGUGCCUGUUCGUGCACCUCCUGCGCAAGUUCUCCGUGCGGGACUGGGGCAUCGAGCACAAGUGGGUGUCCGUGCUGCUGCCGCUGCUGCUGCUCUACAACGAUCCCUUCUUCCCCCUCUCCUUCCUGGUGAACAGCUGGGUCCUGGGCACGCUGGACGACCUCUUCCAGUCCGUGUUCCUGUGCGCCCUGCUGCUCUUCUGGCUGUGCGUGUACCACGGGAUUCGGGUCCAGGGAGAAAGGAAGUGUGUGACUUUCUACUUGCCGAAGUUCCUCAUCGUUGGGCUGCUGUGGCUGGCUUCUGUCACGCUGGGGAUAUGGCAGACAGUCAAUGAACUGCACGACCCGAUGUACCAGUAUCGAGUCGACACGGGAAAUUUUCAGGGGAUGAAGGUCUUCUUCGAGGUGGUGGGGUCCGUGUACGUUUUAUACCUGUUCUUCCUGGUCGUGCGGGCCUGCUCCGAGCUGCGCCACAUGCCUUACGUAGAUCUCAGGUUGAAGUUUUUGACCGCGCUGACUUUCGUAGUGCUCAUCAUUAGCAUCGUCAUCUUUUAUUUAAGGUUCGGAGCACAAGCACUGCAAGACAAUUUUGUAGCUGAGUUGUCAACUCACUACCAGAAUUCAGCCGAGUUCCUGUCCUUCUACGGCCUGCUGAACUUUUACCUCUACACGCUGGCCUUUGUGUACUCGCCGUCCAAGACCGCCCUGUACGAGAGGCCCAGGGUUGCCCUAAGGGUGAGCUCCGAGUCGCGGUCACCGCGCAGCCCGGGCUGUGUCACUGCAGCGCGAGAUGGACACAUUGGAGUCCCAGCUGAAGGACAACCCCGCCUUCUCCAUGCUCAACGACUCCGAUGACGACGUCAUCUACGGGAGCGACUAUGAAGAGAUGCCCCUGCAGAACGGCCAGGCGCUCCGGGCCCAGUACAAGGAGGGGUCCGACAGCGACUGAGCUCCCGGCGGGCCGCGGGUCGAGGGUCGUCGGGGAGCCUGCCCAGCAGGGACCGCCUGGCCUUCUGGACCCGCCCGCUUUCACACUUGUCUUACCAGCAGAGAUCCCCUGGUCCUUGUGUGUUUACAUGAUUUCGAAAGGGAAACCGAAACCCAGGACAGACUCCGACACUGGGCCAGAUUCACUGUCAGAGUGGCUGCGUUUCUUUGGGAAGAGAGGCACCAGUACAAGGCCAAGUUCUUUUUCAAGGAUUUCAGAUGAGAGCGAGCUUGUUUCCAGUGUAGGGGGGCCGUUGCUCCUGUUUUUAGUCCAGAGAAUUACGUGCUCAUUAAAAAGUGACUUACCAACCCCCAGCUCGUGGCAAGUUCUUCCCAACAAGGCCCGCAGCCCUGGGGCAUCCCUUCCUCCCCUGCCCCCUGGUUCCGGUUUUGCCCCCCUGAGCCCCAGGGAAGGCGGUCUGUGCGGCUCCCUCCCGAGGGCGAGCCCUCCCCACGGAGUGGCCUGCGCUCCGGGCCACCAGGCACCGUCGGUGGCCAGCAUCUCCUGUUGACGAGAAAUGCAGACGGACUGGCUCGUGAGGGCAGCGGCAGGGAGGCAGGUUGCAGCCCUCCCCCACCCGAGCCGGCCCGUGCCGCGGGGUUCCGAGGAGGGCGCGGUGCGGUCUCCCAGGAAAGGGCGAGGUCUUGGGCGGGCUGCGGCUCCAGUGGGGAAGGGCUCGCUGCCGUAGCUUUCCCGGGGUUGUGUCUGCACGCGGGUGCGUGAGCGUCACGCACGUGGGUGCGUGGACGCCCCUGUGGCUGGGCAGAGGGAGCGAGCCCCCACUGUGUUCCAGGAAGCAGGCACUUCUGCGGCUCUGCUGUGAGGGACACCCAGCAGAGCUUUCUUACUUUUUUAAAAUAAAACAAACGACCGAUCUAUUACAGACUCUUUACUGCCAGAAAGUAGUUGUUUCUCACUGGGGAAAAGCAUUGGAGAUGGUGGAAGGGAGCAUGCCUUUCGGCAGGGGUGGCUUGUUGGGCCUGUCCCGCUGGUGGUGGCCCGGCAGGCGGGCCUCGCCCUGCGGGAUGGAGGGUCGUGUGGGGCUGCCGAACCCGCGGCAGCCCGGCAGGCCUCGGGGACUGCCGCUCCUCUGGCAGAGACGCCGCGUCUGCUUUUGCCGGUUGGCUCGCUCGUGUCUUCUCCUGGACUGUCAGCAUGUGACCACGGCAGCCACCCUGCUGGGUGGGUGCCCUCUUGGUCUCAGAGAGGACUGCGCGCCCUGCAGACGCCACCUGCGGGUCCUCCACCUGCACACUCACGCUGCGGCGGCUGCCGCCCACACUACAGCUCGACCCCACUCCAGGGGGCGCUGGAGCCUCACAGAGCCCUUCCCGGGACCGCCCCCGCCGACUCCGCGCUUUCCUUUCUGAACACCGAUGGUAACACACCUUCAGUGUGGAUUCCACUGACAUGUUUUUAAAACCCUGUAAAUAUGAAUGUUUGAAUUAAAACAACUGCAUUAUUGCAAGGGUAAUUUAAGUUUACAUGGUUUUCUACAUUCGCAAUGGUAAUUUUUUUUUGAUUCUGUGGACUCAGAUAUUGAAAAAUUUUUUGGUACCCAAUUUUACAACUUCUAUCAUGACCAACUACACAGAAACUUGUACUGAUUAAUGUAUUCUAGUAUGUGAUAUAGUUUACAUUUGAAUCAUUAUAAAAUAAUUGUCCAUAAUUUGGAAUGCUGUUAUUUAUCAGUAAAUGUAAAAUAUGUGAGGCAUCUAGUCACACGGCUUAGAACUUUUUAGAACUGGACUUUGGCCUGUAGUGUGGUUUUAAACUGACGACCGAUCUCUUCGUACAUCGGUUCCUCACGGCAUCGGGUCAUGGAAAUGAACAAUGUGGGCGUAUUUCUUUUUUGUAACUAAGUUGGGAAAAAAAUU